GCAGCGGCUCCGGCAGCGGCUCCUGAGUCAGAUCUCGGUGUUCGCGGCCUGAGGAGGCUGCCGCAGGCCGGUGGGCUCUGGGGCUGUGUGGAUGAGGCUGCCCUGCCCCGGGGCCUUCCCCGGUCCGGGUCUAUGUCUCUGAAGCAGUGUCUGCAGCCUUCUGAGGCCGUCCCAGGGCCUCCUCCUGCCCGCCCCCCGCGGCCGAUGCCUCCUGCAGCCCUGCCCCGGGGCACAGCUCCUGCACCGCAGGGUCCUCUCCCUGCUGCCAGGAAUGAAGGUCUCUGCUGCCCCUUGGCUCUUGGCCUUGCUCUCUGCAGGAGAAGCCUCAGGACAGCGAUCAGCAGCUGAGCAGUGCCCUGUCCACGAUGGCUGGCUGGUUUAGGAGGCUCCUGCACAAGCCCAAGCCCAGCUCGAGGGAGAGCAGCCUCAACAGCAGCCACUCUGCUUCAUCCUCACCUCCUUCCUCUUCCUCCGCCAAGAGCUCCAGCUCCUCUUGCAGCAUGAGCCUGGCCAGGUCCACCCACCUGUCCCCUGCGCUGGACAUCAGCGCCUCGGGCAGCGCCCGCUGGGCCAAGAGCUACGACGUCUGCAUCUGCCACAGCCAGGGGGACCUGGAGCUGGGGGCCGAGCUGGUGACCUACCUGGAGGCUCAGCCCGAGAGCUUCCGCUGCUUCCUGCAGCUGCGGGACGCGGCGCCGGGGGGCGCUGUGGUGACAGAGCUGUGCGACGCCGUCCAGAACAGCCACUGCUGGGUCAUGCUCAUCACCCCUGGCUUCCUGCAGGACCCCUGGUGCAGGUACCAGAUGCACCAGGCCCUGGCUGAGGCUCCCCUGGCCAACGGCCGAACCAUCCCCGUGCUGAAGGAUGUGGACCGCAAGGACUACCCCCGGGAGCUGCGGAACCUCUACUACAUCUACAUGGCCCUGAAGGAGAGCAGCUUCAGGCAGAUCAGGGACACUGUUGUGCGCUACCUCCAGGAGCUGUGCCGGAGCUCCAGCAGCAGCAUGGAGUAGUGCUGGGGGCAGCACCAUCUCCACAGGUGCUUUGGUGCUGUCACCACCAGUUCAGGAUGUGGCCACAUCUCAAUGGACCAUGAGGAAGAUGAUGAGUUGCUGGGACCAGCUGAAGACAAGAAGAUUGCUGCAGCCACGUGGGGACAGUGGUGUGGUGCUGGUGGUGCCACCACCAUCCCGGUGGCCAGAGCUGCCUUGGUGAAGGUGGGGACAGCCUUCGGCAGGUCCUUGCUGCUCGUCGGCCAAACACUAAGCUCUGAUGCUCUUCAGAGGGGUGAGGACAAAUCUUGCGGGGGCUGCAGCCCCCCGGUAAGCUGACAUAGUGCCUGCUACGUGGGCUGGAAGAGGAGGGUCGUGGACGUGGGGCUAUGAACAUGCACAAGUUCUGGA